CCAACUCCUCCCGGAAACGCCCUUCAGAGGUCAGACGGCUUCGAGAGCAAGCACUGCCUUACAUCCCUUAUCGACACCAGCUUCCAGGGCGAAAGGAUCUGAAGAUCAGAUCCUCCAAGAGCUGAGCGGUCCGAAACGGUUUCCCUGUGACGCCUCGCAACUUCCUUGGUAAGCAACAGCAAUCGCUUUAGCCCACUCACCAAGCCAUCCUUCCCGUGCGACCGUGUGUGUGUGUGUGUGACCUCGCACAACCGGCAGACAGACAUAUAAUGGGAAAUGAGUUGGCGACGAUGCUGCUGGGAGGUACGUUGGAGCUGGACGGGAUGCAUGGAAGCAACACGACAACUCCUCUUUUUCGCUGGUGUGUGUCAGAAGAGUCAGUACAUUGGUCGGUCCAUCCGACCACCCCUGCUCGCGCCGCCACCUGUGAGCUUCUUGAAGGCCUCCAUCAGGGCAGGCUCAAGCUGCGGAGGGCCAUCCGGCUGCUCGACAAGGGCGUCGACGCCAGACACUUGGUGAAAUACGAUGAAAGGUACUACAACCUCAUCCAGCUGGCCAUCAGGCAUCAUCUGAGGCCUGACACGGUGCGUAUCGUGCGGUUGCUCAUCCAGAGAGGGUACAAGUAACGCCACACACAGAGGGAGAGGGAGGGGGAGGGGGAGGGAGGCCAUCCGGCUUCAUUCGCCCGCGCUCUGUGUGUGUGUGUGUCCUGGGUAGGGCGGACGUCAACUUCGUCGAUACCCGCCACGGCACUGCCUCCCCAAUCGCAAUGGCUCUCCUGUAUGGCCGUUAUGACGUCGCCCACCUGCUACUCGACUAUCCCCGACUGGACCUUACGACAGCCUACUUAGUCCGGUGGCUUUUGUGCCAUGUGGCGUCUGAUGCAAGGGAUGGAAGCGUGUCAUCUGCUGAGAAGGUCGCUAUGGCCAAAAGACUCGUGCGACGCGGAGGAGUGCGGCUGAUUACUCACGGCAAUGGCUUGCACGCCUUCUGUCAGUAGCCCCUUCCCAACCCCUCUCGUCAGCUGCAGCUGAUGACUUAUUUGAUCCACAAGGCCGGACGGCAUAUCGUUGACAAAACGGACGCAAAGCACCACACCCCACUCUAUUAUGCGGCUCGUAGUGGG